CAGACAGGCGACUUCAGGGUGUGUACGAGACUCAGAGACAACGACCAAACUUUUUGUCAAGGUCUUUUAUCUAGGAGCUUUUGAUAUUAAAUACUAUACAUAUUACAACUGUUAUUCUCUGAGUUCAGGAUUAACACCCAUCUCGCAGCAUGUGUACAGGAAAAUGUGCGCUUUGCGUUGGGACAAGUCUGUACCCACUGGCGGUCAUCUCCGUAAUCUGUAAUAUUAUGUUGUUUUUUCCUGGCUGGGAUGUAAAGUACGCACAGAACGGACAAAUUACAGAGGAGGUCAAAUACAUGGGAGGACUGAUUGGAGGGGGGAUAAUGGUGUUGAUUCCAGCAUUUCACAUUCACCUGACUGGAAAACAGGGUUGCUGUGCUAAUCGCUGUGGGAUGUUCCUGUCCAUUUUAUUUGCAGCAGUGGGUGUAGCUGGCGCCCUUUAUAGUUUCGUAGUGGCAAUGAUGGGUCUAAUCAAUGGACCAUACUGUAAAUAUUUACUUGUUAUAUGGGGAACUCCCUUUAAAGAGAGAAACGAGAGUUACCUUAAAGACCGUGGCACGUGGGAAACUUGCACUGAGCCAAAGAAUGUGGUGGAGUUUAAUGUGGGUCUGUUCUCAACAUUGCUGGUGACCAGUGCCGUGCAGCUCGUCCUCUGUGCCGUGCAGAUGAUCAACGGCCUCUUCGGCUGCCUCUGUGGAACCUGCAAACAAGAGAAAGGGCCACUGUAAGCCCUCACUGCUCCAGAUGCCAGGGAGAUCACAUCUACUAUUCAGCCUCCCUAAUCAGUUAACAAGCGCCCUCUUGUGGAAGAUGCACUCUAAACAUUUAUAUAGAGGUUUAUUUGUACUAUUCUGUGUACACUUAAUUGUGUUGUCAGGGUCACAUAUUGCUGAUGUUUUGGUUUAAUACUGUUUUAUUUUUUUAUUUUUUUUUUUCCCAAGUAACAGCUUCUGUAUAACAAUUUCCAGAGUGAAUAAUUAAUUAAUGACAUAAAUAACAUUAAUAACAUUUGUUUUUGUAUCCAUCUGUAUUUUUGUAGUUUAGAAAUUAAAUAAACAUACUACAAAUAAAAUCCAAACUGUUAUACGA